AUUGCUCUGGCCUCUUGGGCGCCUCGGGGUCGUCCCAAAGCACGUUUGCAGAGACUGGCAUCUUGCAAAUCUUAGCAACCCAGGCCUCCGCAGGGUCGAACGUCACAGCAGUCACCUCCCUCGCCCCCACUGCAGUGGCAGCCCCUGUUCCGAUGAGCCCCGUGGAAGGCACGGCGGGACCGGGGCGCUUCUUCGGUGUUUACCUGCUCUACUGCCUGAACCCUCGGCAUCGAGGCCGGAUCUACGUGGGCUUCACGGUCAACCCGGCUCGCCGGGUUCUGCAGCACAAUGGGGGCCGCAAAAGAGGCGGAGCCUGGCGGACCAGCGGGCGAGGGCCCUGGGAGAUGGUGCUCAUCGUCCACGGCUUCUUGUCCGCGGUGGCCGCCCUGCGGUUCGAGUGGGCCUGGCAGCACCCGCAGGCCUCGCGGCGCCUGGCGCACGUGGGGCGGCGCGCGCGCAGCGAGGAGCCCUUCGCCUACCACCUGCGCGUGCUGGCACACAUGCUGCGCGCGCCGCCCUGGGCGCGCCUCCCGCUCACGCUGCGCUGGCUGCGCGCAGACUUCCACCGCGACCUGUGCCUGCCCGCGCCCCCGCACAUGCCGCUCGCCUUCGGGCCACCGCCGCCGGGCCCGAGACGCGGAGCAGCCCACCCCGAGCCGGAACCAGAGCCGGAGGCGGACCCGGACCCGGGCCCCGGGGCCCACUGCACGCUCUGCUCCCGCGCACUCCAGGAUGAAGAAAGCCCCUUGUGUUGCCCCCAUCCCGGCUGCCCCCUGAAGGCCCACGUGAUCUGCCUGGCAGAAGAGUUCCUGGGAGAGGAGCCGGGGCAGCUUUUGCCCCUAGAGGGCCAGUGUCCUGGCUGUAAGAACUCACUGCUGUGGGGAGACCUGGUCAGGCUGUGCCAGGCGGGAUCUGAGGAAGAAGAGGAAGACUUGGAAUUGGAAGAGGAACACUGGACCGACAUGCUGGAGAACUGACCUCUGAGCCCACCCCUGCUUCUUUUCCUUGCCACUGUGUUUUACUGGUGUAUAAUAAAGUCUCCGUUAAGAGA